AUGCACAAUGAGGCUGCUGUUCACAAGGAUGAGUGGGAGGACUUCUUCCAGCACCACAACACCCUGUGCACCAACAAUUCUGGAAAGAUUGGAAAGACAGAGUCUAGUAUUCACUUCUAUCCACAUCAGAACCAGAGUGGAAAGGGGAAAGUGACCCAAGGUCAGGCAAUUGGUUGA